AUGCACCGAGUGGGCCCAAAUGACGUGGCAAUAUCUGGACCACCUAUUUGGUUAACAAAUGGGACCAUCGUAUUUCAUCUUCUAGUUUUGGCCCCAUCACCUGUUAGUAUUCAUUUGGUCUCCGACGAUCAGAGUCUGCCCGAACAACUACACAGACGAUGCAGUCACCAUGCCGGAGUCGGCCUGAACAAUUGCCCCGAGGAGACUGAUUCUAGGGUGAAGAAGACAGUCCCUGGGAACCCAAAAGGCCCAGAUGACCAUUUUCUAUGGUGGGCAAGAGUCAUAAUGUUUGACAAUUUUCCAGCAGAGAAGGCAAAGGAGAUGAUGAUCUUAGCAAGUAAGGAAAGCUCCAAGAGCCACCACAACGCUCAUGUUUCUAUCCCGUUCAAGGCCAACACCAACACGGCGUUUGCCUCUCAUAUAUAUGGGAGAAAAGCUUAAAACUGAUGAGGAACAGAGAGAGGAGAGAUUGGCUUGGUUUCUAUCUCAUU